UCUACCUCUCCUUCUCACUCUUACUCUCGCUCUCGCUCUCCCUCCCUCUUUCUCUGCUACAGGUGUGCGAAGACCUAGGCAAGCCAUUCACGCUGUGCCUGUCCCUCCUGGCCUGAACUAGAUAGCAUUUAAAACAUCAUAAUACUGAUCUGACAUCAUCUAGGGCAUUACACACAUAUGCAAAUAUUCAAAUUCCUGGAGUGUCCAAAGAAUCCUGGGCUCAGACAUCCAUGUCUGAAUAGAUACAGUGUGACACAGAAUUUUCAUUUAGUGACAUUCAGAGACAGGCAGGAUGAACUUUGACGAGGUACUGGACCGGAUUGGUGGGUUUGGACGUUUUCAGAAGACGCUCUAUGUGUGGAUCUGCCUGCCACAGAUCUUCUUGGCCUUCCACAUGUUGGUGUCUAUAUUUACUGGUGCCGUGCCCCCUCACCUAUGCAGAUCUACCUGGCCACCAGGCGACAUUGACGGUCCUGGGUUGGGCCUCAACAUCAGCAACGCUCCUGGGGAAUCGUGCUCUUCCUUUCAGCACAGCCCACUGUCCCAGCUUAAUCACAGUGACCUCAAUCUACCAAUUACUGAGCACUCAACCGGUUGCAAGGGUGGAUGGGAGUUCAGCAAAGAUGUCUUCCUCAGCACUGUCGCCACAGAGUGGGAUCUAGUGUGUGAAAAUGCCACUUUGAACAACAUUGGUUCAUCUAUCUAUAUGUUUGGGCUGCUGGUUGGAGCUGUGCUGUUUGGUGCCCUUGCUGAUAAGUAUGGCCGCAGAAUGAUCAUACUGAUCGGUUUAGCGGUGCAGGCCAUCUUUGGAGUGGGUGCAGCUUUUGCCCCAAAUUUCUACAUCUAUGUCCUGCUUCGCUUUGUGGUGGGCAUGACAGUGUCGGCAGUGAUUAUGAAUGCAUUUGUUUUGGGUACUGAGUGGACAGGCCCCAAAGAACGCAUGCUGGCAGGUGUCAUCACAGACUACUUCUUUGGUUUUGGUUACAUCCUGCUCGCAGGGGUGGCCUACCUUAUCCGAGAUUGGCGUAAAUUGCAGUUGGCCAUCUCCGCCCCUGGCUUCCUCUUCCUGUUCUACAUCUGGGUGCUCCCAAAGUCUGCCCGUUGGUUGAUGGCCAAUCAGAAGCAUGAACAAGCAUUGGAUCUGAUUCGUAAGGCAGCACUUAUUAACGGCAAACCUCUGGACGAUGAUGACAUGGAGCUUUGCAAGAGCACCAAAAACUCAGAGAAACUGCAAGACCUGCGAAAGUACACAGUCAUCGAUCUGGUCCGAACGCCCACAAUGAGGAAACAGUCCCUCAUUCUGUUCUACCUCUGGUUUGUAAACGUCCUGGUGUAUUAUGGGCUUUCACUCAAUAUAUCAGACUUUGGUAUGAAUAUCUACCUGACGCAGAUGAUCUUUGGCUUGGUGGAGAUGCCAGCACGUACCAUUACACUCUUCACCCUAAACCGCUCUCGCAGGAUAUCCCAGUUAGCAUUCUUAGCAGUAGGAGGCAUGGCUUGCCUUCUCACCAUAUUCAUACCUGAUGAUCUGUCCAUUGUUCGCACAAUACUUGCCAUGGUGGGUAAGUUUGGGAUCACCGCCUCAUUGUCCAUCGUCUACAUCUACUCAGCAGAGGUCUUCCCAACUGUCAUCAGACAAAAUGGCAUAGGUAUGGGUUCGAUGUGUGCGCGAGCAGGUGGAGUGAUUGCACCCAUCAUCUACCUCUUGAGAAACAUCAGCCGUCAUGCCCCCAUGGUGGUGUUUGGCCUGUGUCCGCUAAUAGGUGCUGCCCUCACUAUGUUUCUGCCUGAGACAGCCCAUACGCCUCUUCCAGACACAAUAGAGGAUGUGGAGCGCACCAGUGCCAGUGCUAGGGCAGAGAAGUCGCAACAUGCUCUAUAUGAAGAAUGUCCCAAACAGAACCCCAACAUCAUCCUGUGAACACCAGGCCUACAUUAGACUGUCUCCAAACAGCCAAAUUAGAAGUUAGGACUUUUCAGCUCUUAUUUUGGACUUUUCUUCCCAGGAGUACUUUAAUAUUGUUAUGGAAGCUUAUGGAAAUGCAGCCGAAUUCUGUGGCUAGCAGAAAGCCAGGACUAUAUUUCACAGUUUUUUUUUAGUUUGGAUGCAGUUUUGUUACAUUUGUACAAUAAUGGACAUUAAUAUGAGGGCAUUUGCAAUUUGUAUCACCUUUUUUAAAAACCUGGUCCUAAUUUUGCAUUGUCUUUACAGGUGAUUGUGUAAUUUCUGCACCAUUCUGUAAAAUAAUUACUGUCUUUGAAUAGGUUUCCCGAACUCUCCCCCCUUCUGUAACUGGUCAUGCAUACAAAUUGUCCCAUCCACAACAUUGUUUGAGCCAGUAUUUCUGUAUCAAGCUGGUCGGGAUGCUCAAACAGUAUUUACAUUUUUCAGGCUAAUCAACCUACAAACUCGUUGCUUAUUUAGUUAAUAUAUUAGGAUAGGAGAAAGUAUUUUAACACAAAAUUGCACACUUCAACUUUAGGACUCAUGUUUGUCUCCAGCUAUGUUUAACUGUGCUUUUUUGUUUGUAAAUAAUGUACAUUUUACAAUUACAUUUUAAGAAAUGUACAGUUACAUACAGCAGGCUGCAUUUCACAAUGUUUUUUUUUUACUCUCAUUUCAAUUUGUUUCCAAAUGUGAGAACUAGCAGGGUGCAAACACAUGCCUUGUGCAUUCACUUCCUCACAUCUGCUGUCUCUCGUUCACUUGUAUGUUUUCACAUCUUUCCAAAAGGGGACUGCAGAGAUUGUAAUGAAAUUCUCCUCACAAAGGCACCCACAGAAGACUUUCCCUGCUGAAAAGACCAGCUUAUCUUGUGUUUUGGGUGUUAGUCCUCAAGCAUGGGAUGCUGGUGUCUGCACCGGGCUUUUAAACUACCCGACCAGCAUAAUUCCACCUAGACCAUCAUGGAAAUUGCUGGUUAAGAUGGUCUUUUUAGCAGGUUUUUUCUGCCUCUGGAAGUUUAUUUGAUUUCACUGCACGAGAGAACUAAAACCCUGUUGGAAUUCAUUGGGCUUUGAUUGAAAAUGGCAAAAGGCCCACUUACGUCAGAUAGAGCUGAUUUUCACGCUUCCAAAGUCCUCUUCUGCCACACUUCCAUUUUCCAAUUAAUUCUGUGCUUGCCUGUCAUUGUACAGUGGGCAUAUGUGGAGAGGCUGAAGCAACAGAUAUGCUAACAGGAAGUGAUGUUCCAGACUAUAGGAAGAACUCUAUGUCCUGACACCAUCUGCAAACAGAACGUCCCAGAGCAUGUGUGGGUCAUUACAGUCUUCACUCAGAGCUCAAACUAAAAAUGUAAGGAAUAGUUCACCCAAAAAAGAAUAUCCUCUCAUAACUUCAAAAUAUUUUUUGCUAUGUUAGUCCUCACAAUGCAAGAAAAUGGUGACCACAAUUUUGA